UUGAGGGCUGUAACGGAGCAUGCGCUCUACUUUUCCCCAUCAACAAAAACACAUAUGUAAACCACAUCCAAAGUAGAAUAAAACUGAAAGUGCAGGUGACGAUAAAGUGAUUUACCUUCAAGGUAACCCGAAGGAAUACAGUUUCCAGUGAAAAAAAAAUCGACUGAAAGAUUUUCACCUAUUUUCACCUGAAGAAAGUACAGGGAGAAGCUGAAGGAUAUUCAGUCCGCAAGCGUGUACCCUCCGUGAAACUGGAAAGCUGACAUGGGUUACGUGACCGAAUUCCCCUUUUGGUCACAAUUCCUUUUUUUUACAGCAUGUGUACAAGGUGAACGAAGUACAUGUGUCCUUUCGUCAACUGAAACCUGCGCUCAGAAAAUAACAUUCAAGAUCCAAGGACCUCUGGCAGAAGAAGGGAGAUCAUUUAAACUGAUCAACAACUUUGUGGGUAGAAAAGAAACUGUUGCUGUGAUAGGCUUUGUGGGAUUUUAUAUUUGUGAUCCAGCAGCUGGUUACCAGUGUGAAACCCAUGACAAGAGAACUUUCUUUGUCACCACACCCUGUCAACCUGGGGGAAACUUUGCACUUUUAGCUGACGGGGAAUUACUGACCCCGUGUAUAGCAUCUAGUGAAAAAGAACCAUUUGAAUCGGAUCCCGAUACCCUCAACCAAGAUGACUGUGGAAGUGACAAAACAGUCAUCGCUGACGAUAGCAAUAAGCGUAUAGAUAAAAGAAGUGUUGGCAAGAAGUGUAAGCAGGAGUCGUCAUCAGUGGAUGCCAAUACUGAGAACAUUGUGACAGGUCAAGCAAUCGGGAUUAUUCUCGGAAUAGGUUUACCUGCUUUAGCUGUUUUUGUUGUUGUGGGUUUCCUCUAUAGAAGACGGAGGCAGCAAAAUACCAGAAAGUUCGUUAAACGUCCUGAUGACAUUGAAGCUGCUGGUAAACCAGAAGAUGAAACAAGAAAAUGUUUGUCUGUGGAGAAUGAACAGAUGGAUUCUCAACAAGCAGCAGAGGGGGAAAAUUAAUGGGGGUCAUUUACAUCAGCAACAAUAUAUUGGUGAGGUCAUUGCAUCAGAUGGAGACGUCUCGAGCAUCACCCACCGAGUGUUGUCGGCUGUGUAAAUGGCUCCCCCACCUCCACUGCUUUAACGGUUUUCAGCAAGCAUAGCAGAGACAUCAUCACAAAGCGUUAUCUUCAUCGUUAUCAUCGUUUUCAUCGUUUUCAUCGUUAUCCUCCAUCGUCGCUAACCUCUUGCUUGCUUGCCGUGAUAUACCCUGAGAUGACAAGGGAGGGAAGCAAUUACCAUCUUGUACUGUGUAUGUGAGGAAGGGGGAUGCACAGUGUGUGUAUGCGUGUUAAAGUUACAUUACAAUAAUUAGAGUAAUGACCGUAAUGAUCAGAUGUCAACAAAAAGUUUGAGUUUUCCUUCUUAACCUCUCUUUCUCUUGCAGUCCGCUCCUUGAAUAAGUUUGUUCGUUCCUCAUUUGUUCACUAACAUCCUUCUCAAGCAACAACAAGGAAACUUAAAGGAGGCUUAGGCCUCUAGUUGUGACUUGGGUGGUUUUGAGUGAAGCAUUAGUAAAGUCGUUUUGUAAAUCAUAUAAAAAUUUAGGUUUCAUCUCGAUGAAAAGUAAAUCUCUUAAAAAUACACUGAUAAGAGUCAAAAAUCGCUGCAGUAUUUUAAAAUUCUUUCUUAUACAUGGUGCAUUCCUGCGUUCUAAUAAAUCUUUGUGACUUCAGCAGAGUAUAUAUAUUUACAGUCAUCUACAUCAUAAAAGCUUAGGCUGACUCAUCCCUCAUAUGUGAUGAAUACAGAAACAUUUAUCGAUGACUUAUAGUUUUUAGUAUCUCGUUCGAUGGUAGACCAUUAUACAGUUGUGUCAGCUAUUACUGAUCAGUACCAUUUUUCCCUCAUGAAAUGUUUCCAUAGGGUCUGGUCUAUUCUGAUGGUGUAGCCCUUGCUAUUUCGUUACUAAUAUUUAACCAUAUUUAGCUGAGUAUUGUUCCCAUAACUUAAAAAAGUCAUUUUUUCAUUAAAUCUCUUUGGUUUGCUUUCA